GUGUGUGUGUUUGUGUGUAUGUGGUAGGCUCUUCUCUUCCAUCAAGAAGGUGUGGUAGUUGAGGCUCUUCUCUUCCAUCAAGAAGGGUAGAUAAAUACAGGGACCCAAUAUAAUUGGCCAAUCCUGCUCUCUCUCUCUCCCCCUCUAGAUAAGCAGCAAACUUUACACAGGAAUCAAGGAGUUCUAUUUUUUCUUCUUUCUUUCUCAGCACAGACUUACACAGGAAAAGCCAAGAAUUAAUUUUUCCUAUGCCAAUGAAAAGAGAAGUUGAGCGACGUGAAACCAGUAAGAAUAUGAUCACUACUAAGAAGGUAGUCAACAAGGGAGCUUGGACUGCUGAGGAAGAUAGAAAAUUGGCCGAGGUUAUUGCAGCUCAUGGCCCAAAAAGAUGGAAGACCAUUGCAGUUAAAGCAGGCCUAAAUCGAUGCGGUAAGAGUUGCAGACUCAGGUGGAUGAACUAUCUGAGACCAAAUAUCAAGAGAGGGAAUAUAUCUGAUCAAGAAGAAGACUUGAUCCUUAGGCUACACAAACUUUUAGGCAACAGGUGGUCUUUGAUAGCUGGAAGAUUACCGGGUCGAACAGAUAAUGAGAUAAAGAACUACUGGAAUUCUCAUUUGAGCAAGAAAAUAAACCAGAAAGAAAAACAAGGUGGUGGGUCACCAUCUAGAGAAGCCAUUAUUAAUAAUCCUAAAGGUGAAAGAAUUGCAGGAGAUGUGGAGAAGGUCAAUGUACACAUAGUCAAUGAAGAGAAAAAUAAUACAUCAACAAGUAGUGGAGGUGAAGACUCCGACAUUGGGUUCAAUGUUGAUGAGUUCUUUGAUUUCUCCAAUGAGGAUCCCCUAAACCUGGAAUGGAUGAACAAGUUUCUUGAAUUCUGAAGAGGGGUUUUCAGUAGAAUAAUGUGUAAACUUUGUUGAUUUUAUCUGCAAAAAAAUCUGAUGCAGAUAUAAGUUAAUGCUAGUCAAUCUGUUUGUGCAUUAAUUUCCAAAUAUAAAUCUAUAAAUUCACUAUCCUAGCCAGUAGAUUUAAAGCACUACAACUUUUUGGCCCCUAGUAGCCAAAUAGUUGAGAGGGAUUAUUUUAUACUGGUAAAGGCUGGUGAAUAUGUGAAGUAAAA